CAUCGCAAGGCAAGCAAGGUUGACAGAGUGCGAUAAAAAUAUUUGUUUGUUAAGUUAUUAAUUACUUCAGGUUUUUUUUUAAAAUUAGCUAGAAUAGUAUUAUAUUACGGCAACAAUUCAUGAAGACUAGUCGCGCAUAAUGUUGACUUUGUGCAUUUUUACAUUAUUUGUGAUUGCUGUAUGUAGUUACAUUUACUUUUCAAUUCGUAAACGAUAUAACUAUUGGAAAGACCGGGGCAUAGUGCACGAAGAGCCAAAGUUUAUUGUUGGUAAUUUCAGUUUUUUCAUGAGAAAGAGUUUUUGGGAGUACUUUUACGAUUUGAAAAAGAAAUUUCCUGAAGACUGCGUUGGAAUAUAUUUGGGGCUUCAGCCAGGUCUGGUGGUACAGUCCCCGGAGCUUGCGAAGAAGGUUCUUUUUGAUGCAGAUUGUUUUCAACAUAGAUUCACUUAUUCUGGGACUGUUGGUGAUCCCAUUGGAUCGCUUAAUUUAUUUGUCAGUAAGGGUCGUUUAAGAAAAGAUCUACAGCAGGCGUACUCUCCACUAUUCACAACAGCUCGUCUAAAAACGGUCACAACAUUAAUGAAUAUCAAUGCUCAGGACUUAAAGGAAAAAAUUCAAAGGGACUUCGUCGAACAAGGCAAACGGGUUAAUAUAAAGAAACUUAUGACCAUGUACGUCACAGACACUCUAGCGUUUAGCGUCUUUGGCAUUCGCCUGAGUACAUUGAAGGGAGAGAAAUCGCCAUUAUGGGACAUCACUAGUCACAUUACUAAAUGCAAUUUCUCUAGAGGCUUGGAGAUUUUGACGAUUUUCUUUAUACCAAGUCUAGCAGAAGCGUUAAGGAUGAAGUUUUUUUCGGGACCUGCCACAGAAAUAUUUAAAAAGAUGUUUUGGUCAGUUGUGAAGCUACGUCAAGCAAAAGGAGAGAAAAACAACACUGACCUUCUCGACUACUUUCUUAAAUUGCAGGAUAAAUUUUCAGCUAUUGGCUAUGAUGAUAUAAGUGAAAACUUAAUGUUGUCCCAAGCAGCUGCAUUUAUAAUGGCAUCUAUUGAAACUACCACUGUCACACUUACAUACACAAUUUUUGAGUUGGCAUAUCAUAAGGAAGAACAGGAAAUGCUAUAUAAUGAAAUAAAUGAUGUUGUACGUAAAUCUGGAAAGAAUGUUCUCGACUACACUGAAUUAUCAGAAUUGAAAUACCUCAUUGCAGUUAUCAACGAGACGUUAAGAAAAUGUGUACCAUUACAGCACUUGGAUAGAGUUCCUCUUAAUGAUUACCAGUUAACAGAUGAUAUAGUCUUGGAAAAAGGAAUUCCAAUCAUGGUAAAUGUGGCUGCUCUUCAUCAUGAUGAGCGAUUCUUUCCGGAACCGAAUGAAUGGCGUCCAGAAAGGUUUUUAAAUACAUCAGAAUUCGACGCAUUAAAUUAUACGUUCCUGCCUUUCGGCGAAGGGCAUCGGUCUUGUAUAGGUAAACGGUAUGGAAUGCUACAAUUAAAAACGGCCUUGGCUCAAAUUGUGCACAAUUUUAGAAUUGAGCCAAUCACGCCCUAUGAACUAAAAAGGGACCCAUAUAGCAUUGUACUGGCUCCUAUUGACGGCGCAAGCGUUAAGUUUGUUCCUCGUUGAAUGAUUUAUUAAAACGAAAUUUCUUUAACAGUCUCCGUGAUAGCAUAUAUAACAUUGUAAGUGCGUAAAUAAUUUAUGCUAGCGACGAUAACGUGUUUAUUAAAAGACUAUUCAAAAACUAUUUUCAGCGGUAACUUUUAUAACCAGUUUAGAUACUCGUAUAUAAGUAGCAGCUGUACAGCUAAAAACAAAAGAUUGUGUGUAUUGUAAUAUAUUUCGGCCUGUAUUAUUAAUAAACUUAUCAUAGGUAUAGUGAAAAGCAUCUUGAGUAAGAUUCAAGUAUUUAGGGUAUAUUAAUUUUUGUGUACACAAACCUUACAAACUACUUAAUUGUUAUUUUACCGAUUCUGUGGACCUAUUACAGCAAUGUAUGUAAAAAUAAUAUAUACAAUUUAUUAAAAAGUCA